GCCCAAUGAGGAACGCGGCCGAAGCUGGCCUGUCAAGAGAAGGGGCUGGGGGCGGGGAGAUGGUGAGUCGGGGAUAAACACUCCGCGGCGGUGGCGGCUGCUGCUCUGCUCCGGGUUCUGUCACUGUGUCGGCGGUGCCCAGCUCACUGGCCCCCUCCCUCUCUUGUCGAGCGUGGUUGCCAGAGAGGCUCUCUCAGCCCUGCUCCGCAGGGUCCACAGCGGGCUCCACAGCGGUCCGGCGGCGGCAGCGAGCCCGUGGGCAGUGGGGGUUGGUCCCGUGGCUCCGGCCCCCGGUGCAGAAUGGCGGCGGCGGUUCGGAUGAACAUCCAGAUGCUGCUGGAGGCAGCCGACUAUCUGGAGCGGCGGGAGAGAGAAGCUGAACAUGGUUAUGCCUCCAUGUUACCAUACAAUAACAAGGACAGAGAUGCCUUAAAACGGAGGAACAAAUCCAAAAAGAAUAACAGCAGUAGCAGAUCAACUCACAAUGAAAUGGAGAAAAAUAGACGGGCUCAUCUUCGCUUGUGCCUGGAGAAGUUGAAGGGGCUGGUGCCACUUGGACCCGAAUCAAGUCGACACACUACGUUGAGUUUAUUAACAAAAGCCAAAUUGCACAUAAAGAAACUUGAAGAUUGUGACAGAAAAGCCGUUCACCAAAUAGACCAGCUUCAGCGAGAGCAGCGACACCUGAAGAGGCAGCUGGAGAAGCUGGGCAUUGAGAGGAUCCGGAUGGACAGCAUCGGCUCCACCGUCUCCUCGGAGCGCUCCGACUCCGACAGGGAAGAAAUCGACGUUGACGUGGAGAGCACGGACUAUCUCACAGGUGAUCUGGACUGGAGCAGCAGCAGUGUGAGCGACUCUGACGAGCGGGGCAGCAUGCAGAGCCUCGGCAGUGAUGAGGGCUAUUCCAGCGCCAGCAUCAAGAGAAUAAAGCUGCAGGACAGUCACAAGGCAUGUCUUGGUCUCUAAGAGAGUGGGCACUGCGGCUGUCUCCUUGAAGGUUCUCCUGUUGGUUCUGAUUAGGUAACGUAUUGGACCUGCCCACAACUCCCUUGCACGUAAACUUCAGUGUCCCACCUUGACCAAAAUCAGCUUUGUAACUGUUUUCAAGGAAGUGCUUAGGAUUGUGGGUUUCUGAUUGCAUCCACUAGCUUCUCUUUUUCUCGCCAUAAAAAUUUGUCUCUGAGAGACUAUACAUUCCAAUCAAUUUGAAGCAUCCAAGAAUUCUUAGACCGAAUAAGCAAUGUCCACAUCUCAGCAGUCCCCCUCUUUGCUCUGCUUGUGUCCUCUCCUAGACCUUUCUUCCAGUUUUCUGGCUUACUGUGUUACUUGCCUAGGAGGAAUGUCCAAGUGUGUCUUGUACUUAGGAAACUGAAGGAAACAAACUUUUGAAAUUGAGAUCCUGAUCUCAGAACUCCGAAGUAAGCUUUGAAAGUGGCAUUUAAGAGCACUUAACCAUGGACCUCACCACCAGUGAGGAAGUCAGUAAUACCUCUAGAAAACACGCCCUUCACACCGCACAUGCUCAUUCCCCCGACGCGCCGCGUGUGGAUGGGAGCAGUAUUUCUCACUUUAAAAUGGACACCUUGAUAGUGUGUCUUUGGGGUUGCACAGCUCAUCAAAGUUCCAAAUUGUUUGUUCUCACAAACAAAACGGUACAAUCUAUUUUUGUGCGAUGUUCUUGGGACCUCGCUGUGUUCUGCUAUCUCGAGGCACAUUCUCCCCUCCAACUUUGUUAAUGCUACUUGUCUCUGGAAGAUUUUUUUUUCCUACCUCAGAGAUAAAUGAGAUCUCCAUUUCCCACUUAACACAGUGAUUAUCCUUUUUUUUCCCCCCCGAAAUAGUGACAUUUGGUCCAAUUAUAAUCUAUUUUCCUAUUGAACUUUCAGCAAUAACUGAGCUGUGGCACUAGCAGAGCUAGUAGCCAUUAUCAGUGAAAGAAGAAGUCCACAUUUCUACCCUCUGUUGCAGGUGAACAGGAGAGGAUGGUACACCGUUACUAGAACUCCUCUCCUUAUUGAUUAUUUUUGGACACACCCAGAAACUUCUUUAUGGAGGCUUUUGGGUUGAUAGUUUAAAAGGCUGAUUUUUCUUUUUGGUUAUGAUUUCUCCCUUAAGUGGUCUCCGACUUUGUAGCAUUUUUAUUUAAGCUAAAACAGAGCACAUGUAUAUGUACAUAAGACACAUUAAAUCUAUAAAUACUAUUUAUUCAUUUUAUAUAAACUAAUGUAAUGGAAAAUAAAUUCUUAUGACUUUGUGCUUUUAUAGAUGUUCUAGAAACUUUGUAUGUAGGUAUCUACAAAAUUAGUUCAUUCCCCUGAAUAUUUUUGCAUUCAUAUUUUUGAGGUCUUGAUGUUUUCAGCCACUGGCGAAUCUUUUUCAUUGAAUUUGAACCAUUUGUAAAAUCUGUGAUGCUGAAGCAGAGUGUGUCACAAAGUGAUGAGAACAUUCCUAAAAUCCAUGGACGCACUGCGACCUAAGGGCUCAACGGCUGACUCGGCAGCGGGCAGCCACCCCACGCUCCCCUGCGGUCACUCGCACACCACAGCCUGAAGCUCCCCCAGCGCCUGCACCUCGCACACAGCUAGGGUCAAAGUUCAAACGCACUCCACACGGAAGCUCAUUCUAUACCCGAAGAGCAAUCUCAAAAAGCAAGAUUACUUUUGUGUUUUUUAAAAAAUGAUUCUUUAAUGUAUUUUUCUAAACGUUCUAAUUGGAAGUAGUGGAUUCCUAAAUGAUUUCAAAGUCAUCUGUAAUUCUGUUUUUGUUUUGUUCUGUUUUUUCUUCAUUUCAGCUUUGGGUGGGGGGAGGGGCAGGUGACACAAAGGUUUUUUUUUAUUUUUUUUAUUUUUGGAAUCUUUUCCAAUAACCAGCUAAAGAUUUGCACUGAAAUACAACUUGUAUGCCUUUUGCAUUUUUAAAGCCUGCUUCCUGGAUUUAAGCAGAGUGAUAGUGUUCAAAGAGCCAGUUCAGCCUGUAACAUAUUUGAAAAAGAUAUGUCUGCACUUUGAGGUCCCUUUUGAAUGCCAUUCACUAGACCUCUCAAGCAUUUUGUUUCAUUGCUACAUCCAAGCGCCUCACAAGUCCACAAUGCGGGACAGCAUCAAAAGCUCAAGACUUUGGAAAAAGCUUGUGGGCUUGCACUGGGGGAGGGAAGGGAACAAAAUUUGUGUACUUCUUUGUUUAAUUUAGAAAUAAGGCAUCCAAGAGAUGCCAUUAUUUUCUGUGUUUCAAUUGUUGUGCCUUUGAGUUAAACUGCAUUUUUGUCUUUUGGUUGAAAUCUGAAAUGUACUGUCCCAAUAUAAAACAGUAAUUAUUUGA